AUGCUCCACUCCCUCGGCGUUCACACCUUGCAGCUGCUCACCCAGGUCGCUGCCUGCAUCCUCCUGUUCCCCCGCUUCCUGCUCACCGCGCUGAUGCUCUGGCUCCUGGAUUUUCUCUGCAUCAGGAAGAAGGUGCUGCUGGUGGGCAGCAGGGCGGAGGAGGAAGCCAGUCCUGGCCAAGAGCCGCCCCCGGACGACCCCCCGGUCUGCGUGUCCGACUCCAACCGCAUGUUCACCCUGGAGUCCCUGAAAGCCGUGUGGCACGGGCAGAAGCUAGACUUCUUCAAGUCAGCCCACGUGGGCUCCUCCGCCCCCAACCCCGAAGUCAUCCAGCUGGACGGGCAGAAGCGGAUCAGGAUCCUGGACUACGCCCGAGGCAAGAGACCCCUGAUCCUGAACUUUGGGAGCUGCACCUGACCCCCCUUCAUGGCUCGCCUGAGGUCCUUCCAGCGCCUGGCUGCGCACUUCGUGGACAUAGCUGACUUCCUGCUGGUCUACAUCGAAGAGGCUCACCCCUCCGACGGCUGGGUCAGCUCGGACGCAGCCUACCAGAUCCCCAAGCACCAGUGCCUCCAGGACAGGCUGAGGGCGGCUCAGCUGAUGCAGGAAGGGGCGCCUGGCUGCCCCCUGGCAGUGGACACCAUGGACAAUGCUUCCAGCGCCGCCUAUGGCGCCUUCUUUGAAAGGCUCUACAUCAUCCAGGAGGAGGUGGUGAUGUACCAGGGAGGCAGAGGACCAGAGGGCUACAAGAUCUCCGAACUGCGGAGCUGGCUCAACCAGUACAAAAACCGGCUCCAGAGCCCCAGCACGGUGGUCAUCCACGUGUAA